CCCCUUUCCCUUCCCUUCCCUUCCCCUCCCCUCCGCUCCGGUGCCCGCCCUCGGCCGUGGCGCAGCCGGGCGCGGUUCCCGUGAGAGCCGCGAGCGGGGCCAGCGCCGCCCUGGGCGUGUGCGGGAGCGCGGUGGAGCCCGCUGAGGCGGCGGGGAGGGGGGGAGAAGCGAGCACCAUGGAGGAGGCGGCUCCGAGCCUCCGCCGCCCUCGGUAGAGCCGCCGCCCAGCCCCGCCGGAGCCAUGGACAAAGCCGACAAGGUGCGGGCCGACGGGCGCCGGCGGCCACCGCGAAUGUCAAGCUGUCAGCUGAAGUAGAACCAUUUAUUCCUCAGAAGAAGGGUCCAGAAACACUAAUGAUCCCAAUGGCGCUUCCUAAUGACAGCGGAGGAAUUAAUGGUGUGGAACCAACUCCUAUCCCCAGCUAUCUGAUUACUUGCUAUCCAUUUGUACAGGAAAAUCAAUCCAAUAGACAGUUUCCAUUAUAUAACAGUGACAUCAGAUGGCAACAACCCAACCCAAAUCCUGCAGGACCAUACCUUGCUUAUCCUAUAAUAUCUGCACAACCACCUGUUUCUACAGAAUACACAUACUAUCAGUUGAUGCCAGCACCAUGUGCUCAGGUCAUGGGUUUCUAUCAUCCUUUCCCUACUCCCUAUUCUGCACCCUUUCAAACAGCAAAUGCUGUAAAUGCAGUUACUACAGAAUGCACAGAGCGUCCCAACCCAUCGGGCCAGGUCUUUCCAUUAUCCAGUCAGCGGAGCAGAAGCAGUAACAGGGGACCCGUCAUACAAAAACAACAGCAGCUACAGAUGCACAUAAGAAAUAAACGUCCCCCAGUGAAAAAUGUAGCCACUCAAAAGGAGACUAGUUCAUCAGGUCCUGAGAACAGAUCAAAGAUUGUUUUGUUGGUUGAUGCAUCACAGCAAACAGACUUUCCUUCGGAUAUAGCUAAUAAGUCACUUUCUGAAAGCACCUCUACCAUGCUUUGGAAAUCAAAAGGCAGACGCAGAAGAGCUUCUCACCCUGCUGCAGAGUCAUCUAGUGAACAAGGUGCAAGUGAAGCAGACAUUGACAGCGAUAGUGGAUAUUGUAGUCCUAAGCAUGGCAAUAACCAGGUUGCAGCCAUGACUUCAAGGAAUACAGAUUCUUGUGCAGUGAAUGUUGUAGAACCAUCAGUAAAUACAACUGAUGCUUCCCUUUCAGCUGGUGUAAGUUGGACUAAUGUAAAUUCCCAGGCAACUCAAAAAAAACCUUGGGCUGAAAAAACUCAGACGUUUUCUAGAGGUGGAAGACAAGCUGAGCAAAGAAAUAGUUCACAGUCUGGUUUCAGGUGCAGAGGCCACAGCACAUCUUCAGAAAGAAGGCAGAAUUUGCAAAAACGACAUGAAAAGCCUCUGACUCCAAGUCAGUCGAGUAGAACAGAACAGAGCCCUGAACCUCUGUAUUUUGAGGAUGAGGAUGAAUUCCCAGAGCUAAAUAGUGACAAUAGUAGCAGCAAAAGUAGUAACAUCCAACAAAAGAUUUCACCCAAAGUAUUGGAUGACUUACCAGAGAAUUCUCCAAUCAAUAUAGUCCAAACUCCAAUUCCCAUUACAACUUCCGUACCAAAGCGUGCAAAAAGUCAGAAGAAGAAGGCCUUGGCAGCAGCGCUUGCAACAGCUCAAGAGUAUUCAGAGAUAAGCAUGGAACAGAAAAAACUUCAGGAGGCUUUAUCAAAAGCAGCUGGAAAGAAGAGUAAGACCCCUGUUCAGUUAGAUUUGGGGGACAUGUUAGCAGCUCUUGAAAAGCAGCAGCAAGCAAUGAAAGCUCGUCAGAUCACCAACACCAGGCCUCUUUCAUACACAGUUGGCAGUGCUGCUCCCUUUCAUACCAAAGAAUCUGCCAGCAGAAAAUCUUUAACAAAGGGACAGCCAUCUAUGGGUUGCCUUAAUCCUUUGGAUUCAACUGCUCCAAAAGUGAAAAGAGGAAAAGAAAGAGAGAUUUCAAAACUGAAACGCCCUACUGCACUUAAAAAGAUUAUUUUGAAAGAAAGAGAAGAGAAGAAAGGCCGUUUGUCAGUAGACCACAGUCUUUUGGGAUCUGAUGAACAGAAAGAGGUUCAUAUAAGUUUGACUACCGAUCAGUCUCAGGAGUUGGCCUCUCAAGAAGAAACUGGAUUAAGUAUGCCUAGUGAUGCUUCACUUUCACCAGCAAGUCAGAAUUCUCCCUACUGUAUGACCCCGGUGUCACAAGGCUCACCUGCUAGUUCUGGAAUAGGUAGUCCAAUGGCAUCUUCUGCAAUAACCAAAAUUCACAGCAAGAGAUUCAGAGAGUACUGUAACCAAGUUCUGAGUAAAGAAAUAGAUGAAUGUGUGACUCUGUUAUUGCAAGAGCUUGUCAGCUUUCAAGAACGGAUUUAUCAAAAAGAUCCCAUGAGAGCUAAAGCAAGGAGAAGACUGGUUAUGGGACUGCGUGAAGUUACUAAGCAUAUGAAGCUAAACAAGAUCAAGUGUGUAAUUAUAUCUCCCAACUGUGAAAAAAUCCAGUCAAAAGGUGGAUUGGAUGAAGCUCUGUAUAACGUAAUAGCCAUGGCACGGGAACAGGAAAUUCCUUUUGUCUUUGCUCUUGGACGUAAAGCUCUCGGCCGUUGUGUGAACAAGCUGGUUCCUGUUAGUGUAGUGGGUAUCUUCAACUACUCAGGUGCUGAGGAUCUAUUUAAUAAGCUGGUAUCACUGACUGAAGAGGCCCGAAAAGCAUACAGAGAUAUGGUUGCUGCAAUGGAACAGGAACAGGCAGAAGAAGCUUUGAAGAAUGUCAAGAAGGCGCCCCAUCACAUGGGUCAUUCUCGUAAUCCCUCUGCAGCAAGUGCUAUCUCGUUCUGUAGUGUUAUUUCUGAACCCAUAUCUGAAGUGAAUGAGAAAGAAUAUGAAACAAACUGGAGAAAUAUGGUAGAAACAUCCGAUGGGUUAGAAACCUCUGAAAAUGAGAGAGAAUCCUCAUCCAAGGCUGCAGUACCAGAAAAAGCAGGUAAUGGUCAAACUGAAAAAUCUACCCUUAAUAAACAACCACCACUGGCUACAUCCAGCACUACCUCAGCAACAAAUCACGGAAAAUCCAUACCAGGUGAGAAGGAGGAGGUGAAACCAGAUGACAAUCUGGAACAGGCCUCGCAGCAGAGUACAGAGACAGGAUCACUAGAUGGCAGCUGCCAAGAUCUUUUGAAUUCCUCUAUGACCAGUACCACUAGUACUCUUGUGCCAGGAAUGCUAGAAGAGGAGGAUGAGGAAGAUGAGGAAGAUGAUGAGGAUUAUGCCCAUGAACCAAUUUCUGUUGAGGUUCAGCUUAAUAGCAGAAUUGAAUCCUGGGUUUCAGAGACCCAGAGAACUAUGGAGACCCUUCAGCUUGGCAAGACCCUUAGUGGUGCCGAAGAAGACAAUGCAGAACAAAGUGAGGAGGAAGAAAUAGAGAUUUCUGAGCAGGUUGAUCCAGUCGUUGAUGGUGAGGAAUGGACAAAUGACAAGCAUGCAAGUAACACUCAACAUAAGCCCACUAUCUGCACUUCUUUGAAUAAAGAUCACACAGAUUCCAUCUACAUGCCAUAGAAAUCAGCAGGAACUCAGGAACUUUUUAGAAAUUAUACUAAAACUAACUGUUGUAAAAGUUGCAGCCAUUAUUUCAUAUGCUUCAUCUCAACGUUUUGCACUGUUAAACAUUUAAUGUGUAUUUAAUUUACAAUAUUUUUGUAGCUGUCCAUUACUUGGUUGAUUUAAAAACUAGCUUAGCUUUUAAUCAGUAUCUAUUUCCCAGAAUAGAAACUCUGUGGAAAAUCUGUCAGUGAGUAUUCAUUAAAUCUUUUGCAAAAGGAAACACUUUAUAACUGACCAGUUUUAAGCAAAAUUAUUUUAUGAUGUGACCACUUAGCUGAUUUUCAAACAGAUAAGAUACGUUUUAAGACUGACAAGUUACCAGCGCUUCACAUUGGUGUUAUGCCAGGCAUGUCAGUGUAUUUGGCUGUGAUUAUUCUAGUUCUGUCUAGAAAUAGAAGUAAGGUUUUGGUUAUCUUCAUUAAAAAAAGAAAAAGCUGGAAAACUUUGUUUGCAGUCUUCAUGAAGAGUAAAUAGAGAAAUCUGUACGUGGUUCUUAUGCUAAGAUAGAUGCAGCUUUUUAAAGCCGCUGAUAGUUGAGAUGGUUGCAGUUGUUACAAUAAGCUAUACCAACUUUUUAUUCCAGAAACUUUAAACUACAGGGGUAUAAUGUAUUUAUUAUUGUUAUUAGUCUGUUUACAGAGUGGAAAUAUUACAUAAAAGCAGGAAAAGAAAACAAAUUCCCCAUGCUCACCACAGUUGCUGCCUGCCAAACCACACUAAGUGAAUCAUUAACCAUAAUCCCUACCCAGGGCUUUUAGCAAACUGAUGACUUCCUUUUUCUCCUGUUGCUUACCUCAGGAAUGCUGUUUUUUGCAUAUUGUAAUUUAUAACAUUGCAAAAAGGAAGAGUAAUUAUUUAACAGCAAGUGCAAAUGACACAGUGGCUCAAUUUCUUGGUAAGUUCAUCGGCAUGCUUUGGUCCUGGUCACUUUCUUGUUGAGUUCAAGAUGGAUCUUAACAAUUUGUAUUCAAACUGUGACCUCUUUUUGUCUGUUCUCAGUUGUAGCAGCCUUAGGAGUUGACCUCUAGAGUAGAAAAGGAAGUAGUUUGCCCAGGAAAGGGAGAAGUGCCCUGUAAUUCGGGGAGGUAUUGCAGUGGUCCUGAGGUAAAAGGAAUGACCCCCACGCCCUUGAAACAUACGUGUUGCUACAGAACCGUUCCUUAAUUUUAUUUUGAAUAUGAAGUGAAAUCUGUUAACUGGUGGUUAACUGAUUUCAGAUUGAAGAUUGAGUGUAUGUUUAAACCUCGCAUGCAAGGAAUCUGUUUUCCAUCCUUGUCUUAUAUUGAUGAGAGAUAUACUGAAACUGCCAGCAGCAGGAGCUUCACUACAAGAGUAGCCAAAGAGUAACACACAAAUACACUUUUAUAGCAAACAUAUGUUUGUUUUAAUUCCACUUCAUUUCUCUUGAUCACUUGUAUCAAAAUAUUAAAUUCAUUUGGGUUGGCUGAAAGAAAAACACAAGAAAUUGAUAGCUUAGUUAGAUAUGUAGUCCACACUUAUUAACAUGGGACCAGCGCUUAUAGUAUUAGCAAUGCUGGCAUUUUAGGUUGCACUGGGGAAAUAAGACUCCAGGUUUAGAAAUCAUCUAGCCCUGGGUUUUUUGGAUGCUAAUGAGAAUAAUAGAAACUGUGUGUGUUAUGUAAAUAGUGUUUUGAUAGAUACAGGCAUAGCAAGGGUUAUGUAGAUAUGCAGUGUAGAGAGCUGCUAGGACAACUGGCUGUCCUGUCACACUUCCUUAAUGUACUCUUCCUAGAUAUUAGAACAGGCGUUUUGUAGGAAAACAAAGACUAAGGAUUGAUGCCUCCUGAAUGUUAAACCUUUUACUGUAUAGAUAUGGCAGACUUCUACUGUCUGUGUGUUUGGAAACAGUUUUUGCUUUAGGAAAUGAUAGGUGUUUGAACUGCUGACAAGCAAAACUUGCCCUUGGAUGUGUAAGCAUGUCUCAACAUUCACUGAGAUCAGUGUAUACACUGAGGGCAAAACUUUACCAGAACAUUAAAAAAAAAAAAGUUUGUAACUUUUCCAUUUGCUUUUUCAGUGCCAGUGAUUCAAAUAACUUUUGAUCUUGAAGUAUUAGCAUCAGACGCAUCUUUUUGUAUGUCUUUUCUGAACUUGGACUGUCAUUUUAAGGUUUUUUGACAUUUAUAAAAAAAAAAAAAACUUGUAAUAUUCAGCCCAUUACUUAACUGCCUGCAAUUUUGCUACAGGUUUAAUAGAGUUCUUGAAGAUGAUACAGCACUUCUAAUGUCUCUGUUUGCCAGCAAAUGAGGAACUAAUCUCUUUUUUUAAAAAUGUGGCAGAUCACCCUUAGAGGAGCAAACUGAAAAUGAGUUACGGAAACUGUUUUUAGUGCUUCCUUUUUUGAUAAGCUGGGAAUGAGCAAUAACUGUGAGAAUGAAAUUGCAAUUCCCAUUUGCAUCUAAAGAUCCAUUUGCAUCUAAAUUUAGGGAAGUUCCUUACCACUUAAAGCACUUGAGAAGAGUAUCUCACUGUGGUAAUUUUGAAUUUUAAUAUCACCUGAAUUAAAAAAAAAAAAAAAAAAAGCAUACAAAUGUUUUACAAUACCAUGUGGUUUUGUUUUUUUUUUAGCUGAAUUUCUAUUUCAGUAUAAAAGUAUGCAGUUUGUUAUACAGGUUGUUAUGGUUCCCAAGAAAAGAUGUUUCUGUAGUUAUAGGUGUAUAGAUAUUUUUGUUGUGCAAAUGAUUAUUCAGAAAAUGAAUCUACUUUUCUUAAGACAUUCUUUGUAGAAAUGAUUUCACCACUUAAUUUAUCUGGUAAAAUCAAAAAUAAUGUAUCUGUGGUAGGGGUAGGGAUCUUUAAAGCUGAUAGAGGUGGCUAUGUAUACAACCUAUUUAUAUAAAUACUUUAAGUAUCUCUGUAAAAAUAAUAAAAUAUGGAUUGCAAAUAUGUAAAAGGGAAGAAUUCUGAAGAACUUUGUCCUUAGUUGGACCAAGUAAAAAUGACUAAGGUUAAGGACCUGAUCCUGCUAACACAUGCUUGACAGCAUUACUUCCACUGGCCAAGGACAGUGGCCUAUUUUUCUGCCUCAGUUGUGUGCAGGUAUUUGCAAGAUUGGAGCUAAACAGUGACUGAGGGUGUUGACCUGUGUUUUAAAAAUUCAUUAUAGAAAACAUUCGAUGAUGCACUUGUUGGUAUUCGUAUGGUAAAGAUAAGAGGUGUCUUUAUACUCAUUGGGGUGGGUGGGAGCUUACACAGUGUGAUUCUGUCCAGUUCUUUAACAGAAGCUUAAAUUUUAAUAAUGUUACUUUAAAUACGUAUGUAAAAAGUAUUACUGUUUGGAAAGCUGCUGUUUGCUGAAACUGUCAUUAAGUAUUUUCUGUGAAGUUGUGCCAACUAGUGAAACUCUUGAGUUCAAUGUUAGCCAUUUGAAAAGUAGACAUGGCGACUUGUUUGUGAAACAAAAACCAGCAGAAGCAAGCCAUAGAAACAAACAACAUGGGUUUCCAACCCACCCUGCCUCAAGUAAGGAAACAUAAGAGUGUCUAACCUAAAACUUCCACUCCAGUGAAUGGUAACACUGAAAGUAGAAACCCAGUUGGCACAGCCCACCUUCUAAAUGUUCAUCAAUAGUUCGUGUAUUUUACUUUUAAAUAGAUUCUAAUUAGGAAAACUGUUUAAUCUUUAAUGUCUUAAAAUUUAUGGUAAUACUUAGGUUAAAGCAGUAGAAAAACUAUUAAGAAAUACAAUAUGAAGGGUUUUGUUCCAUUUCUUUUUUGCUGUAUGAAGGAUGAUUGUUCUGUCUACCGUACUUUUUGGAGUAAUAACAGCUUUUUUGCACUAUGUAAAUACUAGUGGGGGAUUCUUCCAUAACUAAUAAAAACAAUUGUAGAAA